AUGGACAAGUCCUUAUUUCAUUCUGUCUUUCAGACCAUCCAGAAACAUGCUACUUUCACACCUGACCAACUCGCUACUGCCUCCAGGGAUCAUCCACUGUUUGAUUGCCACUUUGCCCAUACGCCAAUAUCUAUACCAUUACCGGAUCUCAAUACGUGCUUGUCAUCUUUCAACCUACCUCCACACCUGAACAACGAACUUCAAGCGCUCCUGACCAAAGAUUUGAGCGAUGAUGGUACUUUCAUUGCGCAAACCCAGCAACGCUUACUUCAACAGCUCAGUCGACUCAGUACAUCGUCAGACCCUACAAGGAUCCCCUCCCUUGUCCACGCCGCCCUCGAUGCAUUUCUUCGACAGUCGGUCAAUUCUCGAAUUGAGGCUUUGUGUAGUGAAAUAUCUGAAUUUAGUCUCCAAGAGCACUCUCCUUCUGACUCAGAUUAUAUUUCCGACUCUGAAUCAGUCCUGGAUGAAAGCGAUAACGGCGAAGAAGACGAAGAGACUGAGGGGUUGGCCGAUGAUGACGACAAUGCACCCAUUCGGCCCGAAGAAGACAUACCUCCAUUAGAAACAAAAUAUUUGCCUAUAUUUGAAGCCCUGCACGAACGAGGCAAGGUUCUUACCAAACCUGAGAAAACCUAUUUGGUCAAUAUGACUGGCAUGACAUACAGACAAAUCACCAUUUGGUUCCAGAAUCGACGAAGAGGAGAACUCAAGGAACACGCCCAACGCACAUCUCUCUCCCACACCGGUUCCGUUAACUCCUGUGCAUCGUCCGAGGUCUCAGACGAUGAGGGCGACCUUGAACAAAGAAUCGCAGUCCCCAGACCUGAUGCUACCUUCGAUAUCCGCUCAUGGCGCCUCACAUCAGCGCUCCCUAUCAAAGCUGGUACCUAUGGGUCGUUUCCUACUAGCCCGAUGAAAGUGAAUUUCGAUAAUUCUACUAUCAACUCGGACUCCGAUUCCGGCGAUACAGACUUGUCAGAUGAUUUCAACGAAGGAGCCGAUUUGCUGCCCAGCAUACAUGCCCCUUCAUUAUCUACUUCAAUUACUACCAUCAACUCUACUGCAGCCUCGAACAAUUCAUUGCGAGAGGUUUCGGGAACGGCAACAGGGCCAGUCAACUAUAACGCAGAUGAUUCCACUAAGGCCAAGGCCACCUUGCGUAUUACCAAGGGUCUCCCCACGCGCCACAAUGAUUCAAAUGUUAUACGAACGAUACCAGUGCAGCCUUCGUUUACUUUCAACUUUGGACAUGCCAACCUUCCGUCGACUCAAUCUCCACCGAUCUCCACACCCCCGCAUUCGGUCACAUCCAGCGCACACGGUCUAACUAUUCAAGUGAAUGCUACGCUCCCUUCAUCGACUACAACCCUUCAAUCUUUAUCUCAGGAGAUUCCUAGCACUACUGUGCUUAUGCCUAUUCCAGUGCCUUCCAGCGGGCUCUCUCCACAAAACUCUAUUUCAACCCAAUCUUCGCAGCGAUCUUCUACGCCAUCAGGCCAUUCUGCGUCAUCCCCUCGUCCCAUAACAAAGCCUCUUCCUCGUCGCACCGGGUGCGCACCUCGCCCUCGACCACCUCCCCGUGCCAGUCCUCCCUCAGUUGUGACUUCUGGCACUAUUCCAGGCUCGAAGCGAGCUUCCAUUGUAUUACCCCCAUCGAGUAAUCCUUCGUUAGGAAACACAACGUUGGGCUCUUUAUUGUGUCCUAACCAGCCAGCGCCGAGAAUACCGCAAGACAUGGAAGAGCGACUAACUGCAAUGGCAGGUCGUAUGGGCGUUGGUUCGCGUGCAAACCCCGAAGCCGGCACACCCAAGCAUUAG